CGCUCUGAGGCCGGGGGAUGCGCCGCCGCCGCCGCGACCAUGGGCGCCGCCGCCUCCCGGAGGAGGGCGCUGAGGAGCGAGGCCAUGUCCUCGGUGGCGGCCAAAGUGCGAGCAGCCCGAGCGUUUGGCGAGUACCUGUCCCAGAGUCACCCUGAGAGUCGGAACGGUGCAGACCACCUGCUGGCUGAUGCCUACUCCGGCCACGACGGUUCCCCCGAGAUGCAGCCCGCCCCCCAGAACAAGCGUCGCCUCUCCCUCGUCUCCAAUGGCCGCUACGAGGGCAGCCUCUCAGAGGAGGCUGUCGGUGGGAAGCCGGCCGGUGAGGGCCCCCAGCCCCGCGUGUAUACCAUCUCCGGGGAGCCGGCCCUGCUGCCCAGCCCGGAGGCCGAGGCCAUUGAGCUGGCCGUGGUAAAGGGGCGGCGGCAGCGGGAACGGCACCCCCACCACCACAGCCAGCCCCUGCGUGCCAGCCCCGGGGGCAGCCGCGAGGACGUCAACAGGCCCUGCCAGAGCUGGGCAGGCAGCCGCCAGGGCUCCAAGGAAUGUCCCGGAUGCGCCCAGCUGGCCCCUGGUCCCAGCCCCUCCCCUCGGGCCUUUGGGCUGGACCAGCCACCCCUGCCUGAGGCCACCAGCCGCCGCAAGAAGCUGGAGAGGAUGUACAGUGUCGAUCGUGUGUCUGAUGACACCCCCAUCCGUACGUGGUUCCCCAAGGAAAACCUCUUCAGCUUCCAGACCGCAACCACAACUAUGCAAGCCAUCUCGGUGUUCAGGGGCUGCGCGGAGAGGAAGCGCCGGAAACGGGAGAAUGAUUCCGCGUCUGUAAUCCAGAGGAACUUCCGGAAACACCUACGCAUGGUCGGCAGCCGGAGGGUGAAGGCCCAGACGUUCGCCGAGCGGCGCGAGCGGAGCUUCAGCCGGUCCUGGAGCGACCCCACCCCCAUGAAAGCCGACACUUCCCACGACUCCCGAGACAGUAGUGACCUGCAGAGCUCCCACUGCACCCUGGGUGAGGGCUUCGAGGAUCUGGACUGGGAGACCGAGAAGGGCCUGGAGGCAGUGGCCUGUGACACCGCGGGCUUUGUGCCCCCCAAGGUCAUGCUCAUCUCCUCCAAGGUCCCCAAAGCCGAGUUCAUCCCGACUAUCAUCCGCAGGGACGACCCGUCCAUCAUCCCCAUCCUCUACGACCACGAGCACGCAACGUUUGAGGACAUUCUGGAGGAAAUAGAGAAGAAGCUGAACAUCUACCACAAAGGGGCCAAGAUCUGGAAGAUGCUGAUUUUCUGCCAGGGCGGCCCAGGACACCUGUACCUGCUCAAGAACAAGGUGGCUACUUUCGCCAAAGUGGAGAAGGAGGAGGACAUGAUCCACUUCUGGAAGCGCCUGAGCCGCCUGAUGAGCAAAGUGAACCCGGAGCCAAACGUCAUCCACAUCAUGGGUUGCUACAUUCUGGGGAACCCCAACGGGGAGAAGCUGUUCCAGAACCUCAGGACCCUCAUGACCCCUUACAAGGUCACCUUCGAGUCCCCACUGGAGCUGUCGGCCCAAGGGAAGCAGAUGAUCGAGACCUACUUUGACUUCCGGCUGUACCGACUGUGGAAAAGCCGUCAGCACUCGAAGCUGCUGGACUUUGAGGAUGUUCUCUGAGGGCCGGGACCCCCACCCGGCUGCUUCCACGGACCAGUGGCUGGGGCUGGGCCACUUGUGUGUGCCCCAGGACCGCGUGGGUCCCCACUUCAGGGCACCCCCAGAUGUCGCUCAGGUUCCCUCCUGGGGGUCUGGCCCUCCCUGCACCACAGCCCACUGAGGUCAGAGCCCCUGUGGCCCGGGACCAGCCUCGCCCCCGUGGCCAGGGCUUGCUUGGCGGCCGGGCGCCGAUGGGGCCUCGGCCCUGCCCCGAGGCGCCUCCUCUCCUCGGGUCCGUAGACAUAAGUGCAAUUUUCACAACCCCGGAACAGUCCGGAGGGAAGCAGCGUGACGAGUUGAGUAGCUGAAUGCUGUGUUACCAGUUACGGUGUAGACAACCCAGCCCCGUGUGUGUCCAGGACCUCGUCGGCUCCCCGCUCCUCUGCCCUGCCCUAUUUGAUCACCAGCACCAGGGCGGCCCGUCGGGGGAGCCGUGUCGCCCGGCUGCCCGGCCUGGCCCCGGCCGUGGCCGAGUCCCUGAUGGUGUGUGCUUUGUACCCUCUCGCCGCCCCUGCUUCCUCUGACCUCAGCCGCGCCGGCCCAGCAGGGGUGCCUGGGCAGCAGGGGAGGGGCGCGCCUUCCCUUGUCCCCGAGGAGGCUCUGGGUUGAGCUGGGCCUCCCCAGCUCCCCGUCCUCCUGCACCCGCCGGGCCCCCUGAUGCUGUGGUGCGGCUCAGCUUUUGCCAGCCUGGGUCGUAGCCCUCUCUCAGUGCAAAGGUUCAGCAGGGGCGGGCCGGGGCUGGGCCCCGGUGGGUGGGGACCCCGCGGCAGCGCUGAGCCACGGCGGAUUUGGGGCAUGUGGCCUAGCUGGGGCCCAGCAGGGCCGGCUCUUGUAUGUUGCUGGGGCUCGGGGGCAGGCCCCCCUCUGCAGAGCCUGGGUGUGAGGACACCUGGCUGUGCCCUCAGCUAUGGGAGGAGCAGGGGCAUGUGCUGGGCUCCGAAGGAUGUACGAUACCCCUUAGAGUGACCAUUAAACCCGACCCUCUGCUGCGGC